AUGCGCAUGGGCAUUAUUUACUCCUCUGCUGAAACGGUCAGUGUAUGGAUUGGGGUACCCAUGGUUGAAAGCGAUGCGCCCACUUUACGAGAGAUCCUGCUCAAAUUAGAUUGGGCUAGGAAGAAUGUUAGAUCCAGGUCGCUCGACUCUGAAUGGCCGGUAUGGUCGGAUGAUUACUAUGCGAGGGUAGUAAGUCAAUUCUUCUUGAAAGAAUGGUGGCGACGAACUUGGGUGUUUCAAGAAAUCGUACUUGCAAAAUCCAUUCGAUUACAUUACGGUACUGUUUCUGUUACAUGGAACAUACUCAAUGGUGCUCAUUUGUACUUCUAUUAUUUGAGCUCAAAAUGUGCAGUGUUCCCAAUUGUGGUACCUGUCGGAGUUUACGAGGCCAUGAAAAGGAUUUCAAUCAUCAAAGAUGUUAGAUAUCGCAGAGCACGCGGUCUCGGAGUUCGACUGACUCAGCUAUUGUAUCGGGAUAGGUUGUCGUUUUGUUCCGACCCGCGAGAUCGCAUAUAUGCACUCUUAGGUCUUGCCGAGGAUCAAGAUAGUGUGAGCCCUGAUUAUACCAAACCUGUUCAGUUGGUUCUCCAAGAUACAGUUGAAAUCCUUGUAGAAAAAGAGAGAUCACUGAACAUUAUUUGUAUGUUGCCGAAGUCUCGUAGAAUGAAUGGCCUGCCGUCUUGGGUUCCCGACUUCACCACAUCGUCACAUUCGAGAGACCUGAUGGAUUUCCUAUUGAAAGAGCCAGAUGAAUGUCAUGUAUUCAUGGCGUCCGGAACAAUGACCUUCUCUGGAGUCCAUGUGGAAGCAGGUAUUCUAUCGGCUAAAGGUCUGAUAUUAGAUAUUGUUGAUGGUAUGGGCUCAGCUACUAAUGUACCCCAAUUUAAUCUUCUAGAGAAACCGACUCUCCAAUUUCUGUCCGGUCAUACAUGCUUGCAACAAUCGACUACAGACAAAUCACGCUAUCCUACUAGGGACGAUCUAUUGCAUGCUAUUUGGAAUACUCUGGUAUCGUCUCGUCAAAAUUGGUAUGCCAAAGCAACUUCUGCGAGCCGAACUUUGUAUCUGACGUUCAAGUCUGUGGUAAUACCAAAAGAAAAGUGGCCAUUGAAAGAUAUAUGGAACUGGGAUGAUUUAGAUGAAGUCAGGUUGUUUUAUGCUAAGAAUGCGAUGCUGAAAUUCGCGGGGAGAUCUUUCAGUGACUGGGUCAAUAUUGCGAUGGAAGUCUUUGAGUCAAAUUUGGAUUUUUCGGUCGACGAUAUUACCGAAGAAAUUAGGGAUUUGCCGCUGCAAAUCAGUAGUACUCUCCGAGACCAAAGGCUCCUCGUUACGGCAUCUGGAUAUAUCGGUUUUGUGCCGAAUGAAACAAAACGUGGUGAUAAAAUAUGCAUAUUGUAUGGCAUGGACGUUCCAGUGGUUCUGCGAAAAAACCAGGACGGAACUUAUGAAUUAAUCGGGCCGUGCUAUGUUCACGGUGUAAUGGAAGGUGAACUGAUGAAUGAUAUGCAAAAUGGAGUUUUUGAGGAGAGAGUUUUCGAUAUUGCUUGA